CCGCCCUUAUUCGCUGAACUGAAGUCGUUCCCUGGCCUCUGCUAUUUGAUUCCAAGCACCACAUUGCAGCUUUCUGCAGUUCUGCGAACUGCAUUCUGUUGCGAAGAACGUAGCGCCGACUCGCACCUUCCGACUCUCUACGCAGCUUUUUAUUGGACAAUUGCUCAACACGAUCAGCGGAACGAUUUUACAGUUUCUACUUUAGAUAACAUGGAAGGACAAUUAGGCCAUGACCACCCUCUCUGGUUGACGUCAUUGGCUUUUGGUGGAAAUGCCAGUGAUGUGUCUCACACUUGGCAAGACUAUCCAAAUCAGCAGGUCGCUGUGGCAGCUAGUAUGAGUCAGAUGCCUUCUUUAAGUCCACCACUAUCUCAGUGGAUUCACUGCCUGCAAACAUCUCACAAUUGUAUUGAGUAUCUUUCCAAUAGCGAUGUCUCUGAAAGCCAAAGGGAGAUGUUAUACAAUAAUGUAGGAGGGGCAUCUCGUUUGAAGCCUGCUGUUUCUUCAGUUGGCCUUGAUACACGGAAGGUUGAAGAGAAUCGCAUCAUUCAGGAUCCAAAAUGUCUGAGGGCUCAAAAUGAAGGACCAAUGAUCAAUCUCACAAGUGCAGAAUAUCAAAUGCAUCUCCAGGCUUUUCAUACUUCCCAGAAACAAAAAUCUAAAGAACCCCAUUCCAGAGUUGUAACACCAGGUUUCUCCUCAAAGCCACACAACCAAAAAGUAUCAAGACGCAGAGCCACAGCCAAUGAUCGUUCUCGCAGAUUGAGGAUUGAUGAGAGACUUGAUGCAUUGCAGGAACUGCUUCCACAUCCCAAAGAGGGGAGUAAGUUAUCUCUACUUGAUGACAUCAUAGACCAUAUCAAGUAUUUACAGCUUCAACUAAAAGAAUUAAGUCAAAGCAGAUUGGGAGGUGAAUCAAUAUCAAAUCCUUCUAUUUUCUUUGAGGGUUAUGGCCAUUACCUAGUUAAUGAGCAGCAGAUGUUGAACGAACCUCUGGAAGAGAUGAUGGGAAAGUUACUGGAGGUGAAUCCCGCAGCAGCAACCCAACUGUUGGAUAGUAGGGGCUUGAUUAUAUUCCCACCGGACUUGGCUGAGGAAUAACAAGUGUUGUAGAUGCUCAACAUGCCAAUCUACUGAACAUCAGAUUUUAUUGCUCUUUUUGUUCCCCUAGUUCUCUACCAUGGGGAAUAGCUGGAUGAAACAACCAUUUCUGAGCUUCUACCACUCCAAUCAUGAAACACGAUCAAACUAACAAGUAACAUCAGGUAAUCUCGGCAGCACUGUGGUACUACUACCCAAUCAAAGUUUUGGCGUUUGAUUGGUACAAUUAUCUCUCUUAGAGUCUCUUUACUAAGUGUACAUGCUUAAUAUGUUGAAGCAGAGAUAAGAGCCUCGCUGAUGAUUCUAACUGUAUAUCCCAUUCCCUUCCUUCUACACUAUCGCUGUACCCAAACCGUAACUUUUGACUCACACUCCUGCAUCCCAAUUUAGAAUGGUUUCAGGCGCUUUUGGUCAAUGAACUAAA